AUGAUCAAACUAGCCUCCUGGAAUGUUAGGGGUCUAAACAACCCCUUAAAGCAGGUUGAACUUAGGAAAUUUAUUCAUGCUAAUAGUUUAUCUCUGGUUGGGAUUGGAGUCCAAAUUAGGAAGGACAAUAUUAUACCUUCCAUGCAACAUUGCCUUCCUUCUGGAUGGGAUUAUAUUCAUAAUUGUGAUUUAGGAUAUGUUGCAAGGAUUAUUGUGGCUUGGAGGAAACAGGGGACUGUGGUUAGUGAGCUUUUCAAGUCUGAUCAAAUGAUUCUUCUCUCUGUUGAAAUUGACAUGAAGUCUUUUCUCCUUUCAGUAGUCUAUGGUUCUAAUCACGUUCCUUCUCGAAGGCAGCUCUGGGAUGAUUUGAGGAAUUGCAAAGGGUUUGUGGGGUCUCUGCCUUGGAUUAUUGUUGGUGAUUUUAACUCUGUUCGUAAACCAAAUGAGAAAUCUGAUCCUUGUCUUUUUGAUGAAGGGUUGGUUUUGAUCAUUGUAGCAGCCGGAUUGAUAGAGUUUUGGUUAACUUCCACUGGCAAAAUUUGUUCACUAAAUCUGAGGCAGCUUUCCUUGCUCCAGUCAUGGAGUCAACCAAUGGAAGACCUAUCUUCUCCUAUGCUGAUUCUCUACAAGAAAUUAAGGCGUCUUAAACCUUGUUUAAAAGCUUUUAAUAAUGAGUUUUAUGGUAAUAUUCAAAAGAAAGCCCUGCAGGCAAAAGAGGAGCUCCUAUCUAUCCAAACUAUAAUUGCUAACUCCUCAGGUGAUCCUAUCCUUCUGGACUAUGAAAAACUCUAUCUUCUUCAUUUCAAUGAAUUGAGUGCUGCUGAGGAAGCUUGGAGUAGACAGAAAUCAAGGAAAAUGUUGGGCUCUAAAUUUGAUCAAAAAAGGCAAGGAGAAAGGUUAUCUUUCUCGAACACUGUCCCUACUUAUUAUCAAGCUCAAUUAGUCACUCCUGUAACUCCUGAGGAAAUUAGGAAAGCUAUUUUUUCUAUCAAUGGAGACAAAUCCCCUGGUCCAGAUGGCUAUAAUGCAAGUUUUUUCCAAAAGAACUGGAGUCUAGUAGGUGAUGAAGUGACUGCUGCUGUGGUUCACUUCUUUCAAAUAGGUUGUCUCCUUAAAGAUGUUAAUGCCACAACCCUUACUUUGGUUCCCAAGACUCAUUGCCCUCAGACAAUGAAAGAGUUUCGACCUAUUGCCUAUUGCAAUGUCUUGUAUAAAACCAUUACUAAGGUGUUAGCAAACAGACUUCAACCUGUCCUUCCUCUCAUUAUCAACAAAGCUCAAGCUGCCUUUGUUAGAAGGAGAUCAAUCUCAGAUAAUAUUCUUUUAAUGCAAGAGUUAGUGAGGAACUAUCAGAGAGAUUGUGGCCAUCCAAGAUGUGCCAUAAAGAUAGAUCUAAUGAAAGCUUUUGAUUCGGUUGACUGGGAUUUCCUUUUUGAUGUCGUGGUAGCUUUGGAGUUUCCGUCUCAAUUUAUCAUGUGGAUCAAGACUUGCAUUUCAUCUGCAAUGUAUUCAGUUGUCAUUAAUGGGGAACUUGAGGGCUUCUUCAAAGGAGAAAAAAGGCUAAGACAAGGAGACCCAAUCUCCCCUUACCUCUUUCUUUUGGUAAUGGAAGGGUUUUAUGCCAUCUUACAAAAGAAGAUAUCUCAAGGCCAGUUCACUUUCCAUCCUAAGUGCAAUGAUCUUUCCAUCUCUUAUUUGGCCUUCGCUGAUGAUCUAUUCCUUUUGGCUGGAGCUGAAUGCAGUUCCAUGAAGAUUAUUAAAGAAGCUCUUGAUGAAUUCUAUCAUUCUUCCGGCUUAAAACCAAACCUGCAAAAAAGCCAAUUCUUCUUCUCUGGUGUUGGUACUGAUGUUAAAACUGCCAUUCUAAACAUCCUCCCUAUACCUGAGGGAUCCUUGCCUGAAGUGGAGGCUUUACUUAGAGCCUUUCUUUGGUCUGGUCUUACUCUCAAAAAGGCGGGGGCUAAAGUGAAGUGGAUGGACGUUUGCUCUCCAAAAUCUGAAGGUGGUCUUGGCUUCAAGUCUCUAAAACUUUGGAACAAGACCUCCAUGAUGCGUCACCUUUGGGCAUUGAGUAAAAAGGAGGACACCCUUUGGGUCCAAUGGAUUCAUAGCUACAUCAUUAAAAGCAGCAAUCUUUGGAUUAUAUCAAGCCUUGGAUCCUCUUUAUAUGAUAAAGUCAGCUCUUGCAUUUUGAAUGGUGUUUGGCACUGGCCAAGACCUAGGAAUAGGAUUAUACAAUGCAUUCAGGCCUCUACCCCUCCAUCUCUUUUAACUUUAGGGGAUAGUGAAGACGUGAUAACCUGGACAAUCUCUCCCACAGAUUCUUACUCAACAAAACAUACUUGGGAAGCAAUUCGGAACAAAUAUCCCAAGGUUCAAUGGUCUUCUCUUGUUUGGUUCACUAAUAACGUUCCUAAGUGGGCAUUUAUACUUUGGAUUGUCUGUCUUAAGAAGCUUUCGACAAAAGAUAGACUCAUGAAAUGGGGCAUGCAAAUAGACCCUCUCUGCAUUCUUUGCUCGCGGAAAAAGGAAACUGUUUCUCACCUAUUUUUUGACUGCAUUUAUUCUAGACAAAUAUGGGAAUCUAUUCUCAACAAAUUUCAGAUUCUUAGACCAGCUUGUGAAUGGGAGAAUGAGCUGAAUUAUGCCAUUAGCCUUUGCAAAGGGAAUUCAUUCCGUGCUCUUGUGUUCAAGCUUUCACUUGCUGCUGGGAUAUAUUUCAUCUGGCUUGAGAGGAACUCUCGUGUUUUUGGAGGGAGCCCAAAGAAUCCAGAUCGUUUUUUAGUUUGUAUAACAGAAAAUAUGAGACUUAGAAUUUGUACAUGGAGGAACAUCCCUAAAACUGUAACGAACCAAAGAUUAUGUGAUCUUUGGCGCAUUUCUGCUAGUUUGCUAGAUUGA